AUCGAAUACCGCCGACAUCAACUACCAGACGGUCUUUGUUGGAAUCCUUUCGUUUAGCUUGAUUGAACCACCCGUGAUUUUGGCAAACAAAAGCCAUUGAAGCACGCAACACUGAAGGAAAAAAAAAAAAAAAAAAACACCUCUGAGUCAUACAGGGGGGCACUUUUACAGACACCAUGGCGUCCAUCUUCACUUUCGACCCGGACCCUCCUCGGGUUGCGUCGCCGUGGUCUACGCCGCGACCCCACCGUAUCGCUGGAGGUCUCGAACCUCAGGCUGUGCUGGAAACAGACAGCUCAGUUAUCAAGCUAGAGGCAGAGCCCCAGGAAGGCCCAACUGAGUACAAACUACACUUGCUGUUACGCUCACGGCGAUCGUUCAAUUUCACAAGCACUGCACGGCACGUGGCGGGUUCACACCGUUCAAGUGCCGGCACGCCCACUCAGCGCACAGUCUCCGAAAACAAUCUGUCCCGCACUCCUCCAAAGGCAUCGUCCAGCCAGUCCCGGCAGCAUCGCUUGGAGCAACUAACCACACAGCUUCUGUGGAGGCUCCAGCAGUCGUCGCCUUAUCAUUCGACGGCGGCAAACGAGCUUGUCAUUCCCCAAUUGCCGGAAGCGGCACUGCAGCUCAAGGCACCGCCGUCUCUUUCGAAGGUGCUGCCUGGGCUUGAAGAGAGCAAAGGCGCCUUGUACGAAAUCGGUAUUGCCGAUGAUGGAACCUUUGUAGGGCUUGCAGAGGAUGAGAUGGAUGAGAGUUUGACCAACCUCCGCGCAAUGGCCGCCAGUUUGGGUUGUACCGUCAAUGUCCUUCGAAUGGUUGCUGUGGGCGACUGUGCUUGGCAUGACGAAGUCGGUGAGAAGGCGCAUCAUGAAAAGCUCUGGGUUUCAGAAGCCUUUGUCAAGCCAGACGUCAGUGCAGCUCGCACAUCAGAGGAAGCGGAAGGCAUCACUCGUUUGACGCAUUCGCUCGCUCGAGUUGACCUUGCGGAGGCCCAACCUACCUCAGAGCAGUUGCGCGUGUCUCUGACCGGCGCCACCAUGUCUGGAAAGAGUAGCCUUCUGGGAAGUCUUUCCACGGCGACACUGGAUAAUGGCCGGGGAAAGAGUAGGCUCAGCUUGUUGAGGCAUAGGCACGAGAUCGCCUCCGGAAUGACGAGCUCUGUCACUCAAGAGCUCCUUGGAUACAACAGGUCUGCUGAUGGAUCUGGAGACGUGGACGUCAUCAAUUAUGCGUCUGGGAAUAUUGAUUCUUGGACUGAUAUUCAUGCGGCCUGUAACUCGGGCCGUUUGGUAUUCCUUUCCGAUUCUGCGGGGCAUCCACGUUAUCGACGUACCACAGUCCGCGGAUUGAUGGGAUGGGCACCUCACUGGACGCUGCUCUGUAUGCCUGCAGACAACGCAGAGGACACGUCGGGCAAAGUUGGGAGCACACCGUCAUCGGGCGAGGUUUUGGGAGAUCAUGCCGCCGAUGUCGAUCUGUCUGAAGCGUAUCUUGAGCUGUGCCUCAAGCUUGGAUUGCCUCUUGUUAUUGUGGUGACGAAGAUGGACUUAGCGUCGAAAACCGGUCUCAGGGCGACGCUAUCCAAAUUAUUGUCGAUACUAAAGGCGGCUGGUAAGAAGCCGGAUAUCUUAUCUGAGGCGGGAAGUAUGACGGUGGCGCCUGACCUAGGGGUGUUGUCGGCGUCUGACCUGGCCGAUGCUAGGAGGUUUGCGGACCAACUCCGGGAGGAUCCUCUAGCGAUUGUCCCAAUCGUACUCACCAGUGCAGUCAAGGGAACAGGGAUACGCAAGCUCCAUGCCCUGCUUCACGAACUUCAGAUACCCCCAGUGGAAGCAGCGCCACCGGCUCCAAACAGCUUAGCGCCUCCAAAUAGCAGCCAAGAGACUUCGCCACUCUCGGCGCUUUACCACGUCGAAGAUGUAUACCGCUUCAAAGCUGCAGCGUCAUCUGAAAGCUCCGAAACGUCCAUCAUCAGCGGCCAUCUACAUUAUGGCACCCUUCACCUAGGCGAUGAGCUCACACUCGGUCCCUUCCCGGUCGACGCUCCAGCCGAUGACAGUGACAGCGGGAGCGGCAACCAGUCCACCGCCACCACCAUCCACACCAGCCGCUCCUUCCCCGGGGCACUGCAGCGCUUGACCCUGCCAUACCACCCCGCAUCUUCUUCCUCCCGUACCCACAAUCACUCCGAAUGGCGCAAGGUCCGCAUCACGAGCAUCCGCAACCUACGCUUGCCCGUCCGCACCCUGCAUGCCGGCCAGGUCGGGACCCUGGGCCUUGUCCCCGUCGACGAGGACGCGGCAGCGGAGCCAGCGCCGGCGCUGUCAAGGAUCCGCAAAGGCAUGGUGCUUGCGCGUGGCAAGCCGACUAGCUACCGCGCCUUCGUUGCUCGCUUCCCUGGCGACGCUGUGCGGGGCCUCAUCGUCGGCAGUUUGGCCGUCGUGUAUAUCGCGAGCGUACGCGCUAGCGCCAAAGUCAUAGCCAUUGCUGUCGACGACGAGAAGGCAGAGGUGGGGCCUAGUGCUGGGCGGCGGGCUGGCAACGGCGCUGGUGUCGAUGAUGACGACGGCUUCGGCUUUGCGUUUGAGGACAGCGAUAGCGAUGCUGAUGGUGCUACGGCGGAGAGCACGCUCGUCACGUUCCAGUUUGUGGCGACGCGCGAGUGCGUCGAUGUUGGGGCAAGGGUGUUGGUCAUGGAAGGGGGAAGAGGGAGGGGAGCGGAUCGUGCGAGCGCGGAGAAGAGCGCAGUGGGGUUGGAGGGGUUUGCGGGGUGUGUUAUUGAGGGUUUCGGAUAGUGGGUGAGAAGAGCGGAGUAGAUUUGCGGUCGUUUUUCUUGUUUUUAGUUGGGGUUUUGCUUUCCUUCUCUUUCUCUGCUGGCGAGCGGCACAUUUCGAAUGGGUCGCUCGCUGCUUCUCUAUAGGUAUAUUUCGGUCUUUUCUAGGGCAGCUUUCAGUUUGGUUUUUUUUUAUUUAUUUAUUUAUUUUUUUUUUUUUUUUAAUAGUUUUCAUCCAGUAAAUCAGUCAAUAAUGGCGGUUCAGCAC